AUGGCCUUUCACAUUAUCCCUGCUUGCGCCUUCGCAAGCAUCUGCCUAGGACUAGCCACAUUGUCAUAUUUCCACUUGCAGCAACCUCGUAACCUUCUUUGGUAUACACAAGCCGCAGCUAUCAUCUUCUUUGAAUGGUUCUUCUCGAAUCUAGUCUACAAGCUCGCUUUUCAUCCUCUCGCCAAAUAUCCAGGACCUUUGAUCGCGUCGCUCACUGACUGGUACACUGUUUAUUGGAUCGCCGAGGGAGGCCGCCAUCUCGAGCUUGAUAAGCAGCACAAGAAAUAUGGGAAAUUCGUUCGAUUUGGACCUAACCGACUAUCAAUCAACUCUGCAAGGGCGUCUCGAGAUCUUCACGAUGUCAAUUCCAACACUUUCAAGGCUGAUGCGUAUGGCUCUUUCAAGCGCUUCUUCGGAGCAGAGAUGUCUCUCACCACUGUGGACCACAAGGCGCAUGCUUUCAGGCGCCGAGUCAAUAUGACUGCCAUUACACCGGCUGCGGUUAAAGAAUUCGAAGACCAAGUAACGCCACACCUUGAUGAGUUUAUCAGCAUCAUUGGCGAGGGAGCUGGGAGCAAAUCACAAGGAGAGCAUGGCUGGAGCCCAGGUAAAGACAUGUCAUACGCUGUCGCUUUCUGUAUUGCCGAUAUCAUGGGCUCUGUGACUUUUGGCCGAACAUGGAAUGUCCAAAGAGAUCCAAAGUAUCGACACUUUGUUAAAGAUUUACCCAACGGUGUCGCUGGAAUCCACUUGGUGGGCCAUAUGCAAUCCCUCUUUUUCUGCAAUCUACACAAGGUAUUGUUCAAAGAACUCAUCGUUGGCGUGGGCAACUUGAUGUCAGUCAGUCGAUCUUUCGCCCUCUGGCGCCUGGAGCAAUCAUCUAUGCCGUACAGAGAUAUUUGGCAAGCACUUCUCGCAUCGCGCGAUCCCAAGACUGGCAAUACCUUCUCUACAGAAGAACUCAUUUCUGAAGCGAGUCUUUUCAUCAUUGGUGGUACAGAUGGCAUGAUCACGGCGACAACUUCGACCUUGUUUUAUCUGACCCACAAUCCCCGUACACUUAAACGUCUGACCCGCGAAAUUCGUGAAGCUUUCCCCCUAUCGCCUGAAGACGUAGGAAAGAAGGGAUCCAACAGGAUUGCGUACUUGCCUGCCUGUAUUGAUGAGGCUAUGCGCAUGUCACCCCCCGUCCCAAGCAUCUUGCCACGAGUCGUAGGCCCUGGGGGAUUGACGGUUGACGGCGAAUAUUUCCCAGCGGGCGUGAACUUGGGAAUACCGCACUAUUCUAUGCAUCACAGCGAAGACAACUUUGCCGAGCCGUUAACCUAUGCGCCUGAGCGCUGGUUGCCUGAGGAACGCAAGGAAUCAUCCAAAAUGCGACCAGCAGUGGGACAAUCUUAUGGAUUCACCCCAUUUGGUGGCGGCCGUAGUAGCUGUAUUGGAAAAUACCUGGCUUACCAGGAGAUGUCCAUCGCUUUAGCUCGCCUCAUCUGGCUGUUGGAUAUUCGCCUGGAUCCCAGCAGCAACAUGGGUGAAGGAAUUGGAGAUGCCCAGGAAGGCAGGGGAUGCAAGACCGAGUUUCAGCUGUAUGACCGGUUUGUCAGUUCACAGAAAGGACCAAUGCUGCAAUUCCGAUAUAGAGAGGAGUUGGCUGCAUAA